AUGGUUUUAAGGCUGACAAAAUCAGGCUAUUAUAGACCCCAUUUCCAAAGGCUCAGGGCCAAGAGUCGCUUUCACCCAGAGGAUCUCUCACUGCUGAUUAGUCCUUUUAAGGAGUCAUUCAGCAGCUUCUGUUUCCUCUACGUUGACAGUGGAUCAGGCCAUGAUGACUUUACAAAGUUCUGUGUCUCUGCGUUUGGUUGUAAAGAAACGGAAGUGGCUGCAAUUGCAGGGGAAUCCGUCCAGUUACUGCCACUGAAAUUGCCGGAGUCUUGGACAGAAAUCACCUGGGAGGUCACACUAGACUCAGCAGAGACGUAUGGGAUUGUAACAUUUCAUAAAGGGGAACCCCCUGACCAUGGGUCAACCCCACAUUUUAUCAACAGAGUCACUUUCCACCCUGACAAUCUCUCACUGCAGAUUGAUCCCGUUAAGAAGUCAGACAGUGGCCUAUAUUCCUUGCAAACUGAAACUGGAGGAGGCCGUAUCGACAUCACAAAGUUCCGUGUCUCUGUGUUUAACCGAGUGCGGCAGCCAAACCUCACGGUGCUCUCUGCACACCCAGAGCUCGGCCAGUGCAGCGUUACCCUGUUCUGCUCGGUGCCUGGCGCUGACAGAGUCACCUACAGCUGGUCCCGAGGCACGUCCUGGAUCCCGUCUGACAGGGACCAACAGCUCCCUGGGAACCGAUCCCUGCUGCAUGUAGUGAUUAACGCAGACAGCAGUGACGUCUUCUACCGAUGUAACGCUAGUAACCGAGCAAGCUGGGCCGCAGACGCUGCAGAUGUCAAUCCAUUGUGCAACUCCCCAGCUACAGGCCCCUUGCUGUCUUACUGCACGGUGAAGGGGAUUCUGCUGCUCCGGGCCUUGGGGGCCAUGGUCACCAUGACAGCAGCGACUCACAUCCUAACCAGAGACGGGCCUGGACCGGAUGAAAAGGGAGAAGGAAGGUCUCAGGCAGCAGCUGUCACCGGGCUCAGGGGUUUACGCUGACGCUGGCACAGCUCCAUGGGUUUCACUGCUGUGUUUUAGCAAUUGGUAAAUCUGUCAGUUCUCACCAAGGAAUCGGAUUUCUGUUUCACGGCUGUGACAUACCCCGUGUAACCCCUUGUACCCACAUACUCACCACUGUUAUAGGAUUAUGAUGGGUUUUGUUGAGCAUUACUGUCCUGUUGCACUGUGCAUGAAGUUAUGAGAUUUCGCUGUAGGCUGGUUACUGAAAUAUGUUGUGAGUCUGGGAAACGCCCACAGAGCAGCUCCUCAGGGAUAUCAAAAGAGUGACCGACACCCAGCCAGGCGUUAAACAGCCAUCCCCGGCUAUUCUACAGCAGGGGAAUUGUAAACAAAGACAGUGGCUCAGGCACGUACGCUAUGGGGCGGCCUAACCCCAGAACACAGCAUGGAUUUUUCAAGCACCUGGAGAACCCUAUAAAUGAGGGACAAUGACAUCACCCUGGGUGGGGUCUCUCUCUCCUCCCCGAUCUUGACACCUGGCAGAAAUUUCACUGGGAAGACAAAGAGAAAUCUCCUUGAACUGGGGGAGGGGAGGGACCAAACGAGAGAGCUUUUGAGUUAGUAUGAACUCUGAACUGCAACCUGCCUGCAUUGUUCAGCAGGGUGAGAAAAAGUGUUUGAUUCCAAUCUUGUUUAGCCUGAUGAAGUUCAGGGUUUAGGAUGCCUGUUUACUUUUUAUUUCUUAUGUAACCAACUCUGACCUUUACGCCUACCACAUAUAAUCACUUCAGAUCCCUCUCUCUUUACUUAAUAAACUUAUUUCGAUGUUUAAUCUAAA